CUUCAAAUGUGUCCCCCACGGAUCACACCGUUGACUGUGUGGUUGGUUAUGAGAAGUCCGACGUUAUGAAGGUUAUGUAAACUUAAUGUCACUGUUUCUACGGACAGAUACACCGAAAAAGAAUAAACAGCACACCCACAGAAUCACCUAAGUGCAUUGAAACAGAAUGGCGUCCCCUUCACCCCAUGACCGCAGCCGUAAAGACAACGAUGAGGAUGACCCUGUUGAACAGAUGAUAUCCCGCACCGGCUGUGCCGAGCUACACUACGCUGUGCAGGAGUGCAUGGCUGAACACCAGGACUGGCGCGUGUGCCAGAGCCAGGUCCAGACUUUCAAAGACUGCAUGAUGAAUUUCCAAAUCGCCCGGAAAGAACAGCUGAUGAAGCAGCAGCAGCAGACCUCCACUGAGUCUGCGCCCAGCUGAACUCACAACACCUCACACCCUCAUACACAUCGGCCUGGAUGUGUUGAAGACAUGCUUGAGGUGAAAAGACUGUCCCUAAUUUAAUUCUUGUUAAUGAAAAUAAAGUAUGAGCAACUACAAAAAAAUCCUGACUUGGACUUUCAAAUGUGUGCAGCAGAAAGACCAACUGAUAAAUGUGAUUAAUCAGCCAACAGAAGCUUAUCGCUGACUAGAGACAGUGUAGUCUGGGGCUGUUUAGUGGCUGUUUUGGUAAGGAACUGGAACCAGGGCGAGAGAGACAGGAUCCGGAAUUUGAUGGAUGCGCCUUUCCGUCAAAAGCACCAAGCUAAUAAAAAUGCGGUGAAACU